CCCGGGUCCGUGUCCCUGUCCCUGAUGCGGGUCCUUGUCCCGGGAUGUGGAUCCCCCCGAGGAUGUCGGGAUCCUCCCGGGAAUGCCACUCUCCCCCGGGAUGACGGGGGGUGAUGGUGUCCCCGGUGUCCCCGCGGGGUGACGCUCCUUGGCGCGGGGUGUCGGUGUCCCCCCACUCCCGGGGAUGCCCGAUCCGGCCCGGGAUGUCGAUCCCUGUCCCGGGAUGGGAACCCCCCGGGAUUGCCGGUCCCGUGCGGGAUGUGGGACCCCCGGGGAUGUCGGGAUCCCUGUCCGGGGGUGGCCGGUCCUUGUCCCGACACGUCGGUGUCCCCCGGCCCGGGCUGGCCGGUCCUGUCCCGGGAUGUCGCUUUCCCCCGGGAUACCGCUCCGUAUCCCGGGAUCCGAGUCCCGCCCCGGGAUCUGGGUCCCCCCGGGAUGUCGCGGGCCCUGUCCCGGGGAUGCCGCCGCCCGUCCCGGUCUGUCGGGGUCCCCCCCGGUGUCGCGGUCCCCCCGGGGGCGGAGCGGCGCCGCUGCCACUCGGGGCCCGCCCGCCGCCGGUGUCCGGUUACCGGCUGGCGGCUGCCGGGGCCGCAGGAGCUGCCGUCCCGCGGAGCCGCCGCCCCCGCGCCCCCCACGCAGGUGCCACCGGCAGGUCGCCAGGAUGGCGGAGGCUCACCAGGCCGUGGCCUUCCAGUUCACGGUCACCCCCGAGGGCUUGGACUUCCACCUGAGCCGCGAGGCCGUGCGCCAGCUCUACCUGGCCGCCGUCCACUCGUGGAAAAAACGCUUGGUCCGCGCCAAGAACAGCUUCCUGAGCGGCGUGUACCCCGCGUCGCCCUCCAGCUGGAUGGUGGUGGUGAUGGCCACCGCCGGCUCCUGCUACUGCCAGGUGGAUCCAUCCCUGGGGCUCAUCGCCCGCAUCCAGCACUGCCUGCCCCGCAGCGAGGCGCUGACCCCCCAGGCCCAGACCGUGGUCAGCACGGUGCUGUUCUCCACGGGGGCGUGGCUGGCGGCCGUGCUGCUCUUCCGGAGGGUGCUCCGGCUGCUGCUGUCCUACCACGGGUGGAUGUUCGAGCCCCACGGACACAUGAGCCGUAGCACCCGCCUCUGGGUGGCGGUGAUGAAGAUCAUGUCCAUCCGCAAGCCCCUCCUCUACAGCUUCCAGAGCUCCCUCCCCAAGCUGCCCGUGCCCCCCGUGAAAGCCACCGUUGCCCGGUACCUGGAGUCGGUGCGGCCGCUCCUGGACGACGAGAAAUACCGGGAGAUGGAGGUGCUGGCCAAGGAGUUCCAGGAGAAGACGGCGCCGCGGCUCCAGCGGUACCUGCGCCUCAAAUCCUGGUGGACAACCAACUACGUCAGUGACUGGUGGGAGGAGUACGUUUACCUGCGCGGCCGCAGCCCCCUCAUGGUCAACAGCAACUACUACGCCAUGGAUUUCCUGUACGUGAUCCCCAGCCCCAUCCAGGCUGCGCGGGCGGCCAACGUGGUGCACUCGAUCCUGCUCUACCGGCGGCGGCUGGACCGGGGCGAGAUCCCCCCGAUGAUGGCGCUGGGCGUUGUCCCCAUGUGCUCAUACCAGUCGGAGCGGAUGUUCAACACCACCCGCAUCCCGGGAAAAGAGACGGACACGCUGCUGCACCUGGCGAACAGCAAGCACCUGGCCGUGUACCACAAGGGCCGCUACUACAAGGUGUGGUUCUACCACGGCGGGCAGCUGCUGACCCCCGCCGACCUGGAGAUGCAAUUCCAGAGGAUCCUGGAUGACCCCUCGCCCCCCCAGGCCGGGGAGGAGCGGCUGGCGGCGCUCACGGCCGGGGACAGGGUGCCGUGGGCCGAGGCGCGGGCGCGGUUCUUCAGCCGGGGCCCCAACAAGGUGGCCCUGGACGCCAUCGAGCGCGCGGCCUUCUUCCUGACGCUGGACGAGGACGAGCACGGCCACGAGCCCGCGCGGCCCGGCUGCAUGGACGCCUACGCCAAGUCCCUGCUGCACGGCCGCUGCUACGACCGCUGGUUCGACAAGUCCUUCACGCUGGUGGUCUACAAGAACGGCAAGGUCGGUGCCAACGCCGAGCACUCCUGGGCCGACGCCCCCAUCGUGGGGCACCUCUGGGAGUUCACGCUGGCGACGGACAAGUUCCAGCUGGGCUACACCGAGGGGGGGCACUGCAAGGGGGACCCCAACCGGCAGCUGGGCCCCCCCCAGCGCCUGCGGUGGGACAUCCCCCCCGAGGCCGUGGCGGCCAUCGAGGCGUCGCUGCGGGUGGCGCGGGCGCUGGCUGAGGACGUGGAUUUCUGCUGCUUCCCGUUCUCCACCUUCGGCAAGGGGCUCAUCAAGCGCUGCCGCACCAGCCCCGACGCCUUCAUCCAGAUCGCCCUGCAGCUCGCCCACUUCCGCGACAAGGGCUCUUUCUGCCUGACCUACGAGGCAUCCAUGACGCGGCUGUUCCGCGAGGGCCGCACCGAGACCGUCCGCUCGUGCACGUCCGAGGCCACGGCCUUCGUGCGCAGCAUGGCCGACCCCCGGCAGAGCCGCUCGGAGCGGCAGCGGCUGUUCAAGGUGCAGGUUUGGGGUGCAGGUUUGGGGUGCAGUUCGGGGUGCAGGUGCAGUUUGGGGUGCAGUUCAGGGUACAGGUUCAGGGUACAGGUUUAGGGUGCAGUUCGGGGU